CCUUUCUGACCAAUAUAAAAGAGACCAGGUGAACUCCUGUCUAUCCAGAACUCUCUUCAGCUUUCAUUCAUCCCUGCAGAUAAACUCCAACAAAUACAUAGAAAUCUCUCAGAACAACUUCAGACUCCAAGAUGAUAUUGCUGUUCUUCUUGUUUGGUCUCUCUCUGGCUGCUGUGGCUCCUUCAGACAAACAGGAGAUGAAGCUCCAGCGGGGCGGCUGUCCCCCGUUCUGGUUCAUCUUCAAUGGCCGCUGCUACAAGUACGUCGCCACCUUGAUGACCUGGGCUGAUGCAGAGCAGCACUGUGUGAACCAAGGAGCCAACCUGGUGUCCAUCCACAGUCUGGAAGAAGAGAACUUUGUCAAAAUGCUGAUCAGAAACUUUGAUCACGCUCAGGGAACCAACUGGAUCGGACUCUCUGACGCUCAGAAAGAUGGAACAUAUUUCUGGUCUGAUGGGUCCAGAUUCAACUUCAAGCUGUGGAAUGCAGGAGAACCAAACAAUUCAGGAGGAUCUGAACCGUGUGUGCACACCAACUAUGGCCCAUCGAAAGGAUGGAAUGAUAAAGUGUGCACAGCCAAAUACUCCUCUGUCUGUAAAGCUCGUCCGGUUUGCUGAGAAUGUAAUUCUGAACCUGCUCAAUUGAUUUAAAUGUGUUGAUGAGAAAACAUCAAACUUAACAUGAUUAUUAACGUUUUUGCAAAAUGUUUUGUGUAAUUGGGUUGUUUUUUUUAAAUGAUUUUUGACCUUUGUUUAUCAUUCUUUAUAAAUACUCCUUUUUUGUGAAGCUUGCACAGUUUUCUGAUAUUGCUAUUCCUUACAUGUGCUUAUCAGAAAUAUCAACUGAAAAAAUAAAGCUUUGAAGAAAUUUGACUGAAA